AUGGGAUUAAUAACAUUUUGGAAUAUUUAUUUUAAAAGCGAUGGAGAUUAUACAAGUUAUGAUGAAUUAGUUCAAGGAGCAUUAAAUGAUGAUUGUUAUCAAAAAGUUUAUCCUGGAAUAGCAUCUGAAAUAUUAUUAGAAAAUUUAAUAAAAUUCAUGCAGGAUGUAAAUAAUAGACCAACACAAGAUGGUAUUGAUCAUGGAACUUUAUAUAAAAAAUCUAAUGGACGACAAAUUGAUUCAUCACGUCGUUAUUAUCUUGUAAAAGAAUCAAACUUAGAUGAAUUUAAUUUAUAUGCUAAAAUUACCAAAGGAAGAAACUUAGGUUAUUAUCGUAUUUAUACAAAUAAAGAUGAAGUUGAAUUAUUACUUAAAUAUGGAUUGAAUUAUUUAAAACAACAAGCAACAUUGCCAAUAGUUGCUGAUUAUCUUCAAUUUGUACAAAAUUCGAGAUAUUUAAUUGUUCGUGAACGAUGUGAAUUUAUAUCUCGAUUAUUGAAUAAUAAUGCUGCAGCAGCAAGAGAAAACUCUAAAGGAGAUUAUGAUGUAACAAAAUUAGAAGCACGACAACCACAAAUACAAAAAUGUUCGAAAGAAAUUGAAGUAACAUCGACAGUUUCCUCUUCACCAUCACUAUCAACACGUCAAUCAUAUGCACAAAAACAAGUUUUGUCGUUAUCCUCAACGACGUUAUCAUCAUCACCUGAUGAAAAAAGUACUUCUCGUUCACAAUCAUCAUCGGUUGAACGUUCUCAAUCUCCACCACCAAAAAAACAAACAAAUAAUAAAUUAAUUAAAAAACAACAACAACAAUUGUCAAAAACAACGACUAAAAAGCCUGCUCCUAUAUCUUAUUCACGUUCAACUCCAAUAUUGAAUCGUCUUAGAAUUAAAUCUAAUGAUCGUAAUGCUAUUGCUUCGUCGUCGUCCUCCACAUCAUCAACUAAACCUGUUCUGAUUGUUACAAGAUCGAAUAAAAAACAAACUGUUAGUGCCAAAAAACGUGGACAUUCAUCGGAAAAUGAAGAUAAUGAUGAUGAUACACCUAUUUUACAUGUUCCUACUACUUCAGCUGAUGCUAAACCAGUUAAACGUACAAAUUGUUGUGCAAAAAAUAAACGUAAGAAAAAAUAAACAUUAAAUUUAUAAAUCUAAAUAAAAGUGUGUGUUCUUUUUUUUUGUUUAAUAUCUAGGUCUUAUUACAUUUGUUCUUUCUUUUUGUUUAUUAUAUUACUUUAUUCUAUGUCUGUCUACUUCUCCAGUUGUAAUUUAUUCUUUUUCUAUGUAGAAGAAAAACAUAUUGUACUGAUAUUAUUAAAUAAGAAAAAGUCAGAUGUAGUGUUGUAUUUUGUUAAAAGUGUUUGUUGUACUUAUUUUUUUCUGUUAGAGGAAGAAAACAUGAUGAUAUGAUGUUUAUUCACACUAGAUUUAUGAAUAAAAUUUCUUUCUUUUCUUUACAAAAACUUGAUAUUCUUAAGCGAAAACAUGUCAGGAAUUAGUGAGACUAACUAAAACGAAAAUUACAAAAGUAAAAAGCACAGCAUUCUUGACUGCUUCAGUUCAUCAAGACGUUCUUUAUCCAUCAUCUUAGACUGUAAGAGCAGUGUGACACUUCACAUUCUCUCAAAAGUAAAUCUCAAUAUGCUUACGAACAUCCGGCCCUUUUCAUUCCGAACACCCUGUAGUUUUUAUUACGACCUUCAUGUAUUUGUCAUUACGAACUCUUGCACAUUUUUAUUCCGAUCGUCCGGUAAAAUUUUGUUGUUUUUUCACAAAAAAACGUCAUUACGAACUCCUGACCACAUGUCAUUACGAACAUCCUGUAUUUUAUUGACUUUUUCAUUACGAACUUCAUUCCGAACAUCCUGUCUUUUUUCUUAUGUCCGAAGAUCGUAACAGACUUUUUUACCUGGAGUUCGUAAUAAAAAGUUGAGACGAAAAGUCCGUUUCCC